AGUCUCUCACUGGGAUCAUACAACAUCACUUUGUGCAGCAACAUACAAUUAUACAGUGUGAAACAGGCAACAUACAUUUAUUGAAUAAAUAAUGCCUCUGGUAAUUACAGCUUCACCAAGUAAUCAAGACAAACAUUUAAGUGAAAUUUAUGCACUACUAAUCCAUAAUGACAAACUCUACAGUGCUGCUGUAGAUGGGAAAAUAAAGGUGUGGCAUCCUAACCUAGAACUUGAAGCUGAAUUUCAAGCACAUGAAUCAGCAAUUUAUCAUAUUGCUGCACACAAAGAUACAUUAUAUUCCUGCUCUAAUGAUGGAACACUUCAGGCCUGGAGUCUUGAUGGAUUAAAACACAAGAAAACCUUAUUUCAGUCAUCUGAUGAGGAAAUCUUACGUCUUUAUGUGAUUGAUGGAACACUGUAUUCAGGAAAUGACAAAGGCAUUCUUUCUGUUUGGAAAAAUGACAAACUGCAGUGCCUAUUCAGUAUGGUUGAAGAAAUACGAGACUUCUCAGUUGCUGACAACCUCAUGUAUACCGUGAGAGACAGAGAUGUUUGCAUCAACGAGCUCAUGCCUGAAGAACCUGCUGCCUCCAUCUUUAAUCUAGAAGGAACCAUCAAAUUCUUGCACAGCAUUCCAAAUUUCUUUCAAUACAUCACAGUGUUGAAACCCAUAUUCUACUAUGCAAGCAAGGGUGAUAGGGGGCAUUACAUAAUGCGAAAGACUCUGGAAGGAAGAAGUCCACUAUGUAUUGUUGGAAAUAAGUUAUGUUUUGCAACUCGAUCUGGCAAUAAUAUCUGUGUUCAUGAAAAUAGCCAAGCAAGCAGCUUCAAAGAACUUGGUCAGAUACAGGCACAUGAGAUGAUUCUGAAUGCACUAUGUGGUUUUGAAGAUUCUACCUUAUUCAGUGGUGGCUAUGAUGGAAAGGUAAAACAGUGGAAUUUGGAGACACUGGAGUGUAUCAAUACAUGUGAAGUAGGUUUCUGUAUCAAUACUAUUUGCAUCGGAUCUCAAGGGCAGGUAUAUGUAGCAGGAGAUAAUGGCUUCAUCAACAGACUUGACAACAAGUAAAUAGAUAUAUGAUUUGAGGUUCUCAUUGUGGUGAAGCAUAUUAUUUUCUUCUGUGAUGUGAUGCCAUACAGUUGAGUAGAAGUUUACUGAGGUUUUGGAGGAAUGUGCUGCCUCCAUUUUCUGGGCAGCCUGAAGCUCUAGAGAGUAAAAUUUCGCUUAGUGGGGGGUGUAGUCCAACUGGAUUCACUUGGCACGGUGGCCACUGAUUGGCCUAUUGUAGCUUG